GAUAGCGCGUCCGGAAAGCACCCGCAGCGGCCUGUCCUCGCUCAUGUGCACGGUCAGUACGCACAUAACAUAGUUUGUAAUACAAUUCAAAAGUAUUUGGAAUGUGAACUUGAAGCCGUUCUGGUGUUUUUGUGGGAGAUGAGAGGGCGCUUUACCCAGGCUAGAGCGGCGUCUUACACAUAUACAAUUUUCCCAAGUUACAGACAUGUUUUUAUAUUAACUGGCACCCGACGUGGGACCAAUACCAUGACAGCUGGCUGUAGCCCAGACAUGUUGCAGAGUCGGGGUCGCGGCGCCGCUCCAGCGACAUGUUCGGGCGCCGCAUCGGCAGUAGCGCCGUGUCCCUGCACCUGCCCAGCACCUCCGGAUACAAGAAACCCCUGUCGGCUCACCGCAGCCACGAGGAGAUAGUGCGUCGGAAGUCCAAUCACGACAGCAGCGAACUGGACGCGCGCUACCACUCCGCGCCGUCCGUCAUCGACGAGGUGAUCCACCGGCGUGACUGGGAGCGCUCCAGCAAGGACCUGUACAUCCCGCUCAAGCCGCAGCGUGAGCGCCACUCGCUCUCCAGCGAGAGCCCCGAGGCGCCGCACGCCACGCCCGAGUCUUCCUCCCUCGACGACAAGAGCGACGAGCACUGCGCCAGCGCCAGCACUGCGCCCUGCAAGAAACACCACUCCAACAUCAAGUCUUCGCGCGGGAAAAAGGAGAACGAGACCACCGACAUCAAGGACGACGACGCCACCGAAGCCUCCAACUUCUAUAUCGGCGAGGGUCACGACGAGGAGGAGAUAGAACACGACCUCCACGCGAAAUCAUCAGUCGUGUACAAGGCCAAGGACGACAAGCAGAGCAUCAACGAAUCCAUCCGCAGCCGCGAGGUACCGCGCGUGUUGCUGGACGAGCCGCACCCGCGCGCGCUCGGCUUCUGCAUGGAUGACGUCAUCGAGCAGCUGGACCGCCUCGAGCAGCUCGACCGCUCCGGCGCCACGCACCAUACCAUGGAGUCCCGCGCCAGCCUCGCCGCCCGACCCGUGUUCCCGCCACCCUCUGUGGAGCCCGUGGGCUACGACGGCGGUGCAUGCUAUCUCGCCGAGGAGGGCACGCUGUCCGAGCUGCGCUCGCACGCGGGCCCCGCGGGCCCCGGGGGCCGGGGGCGCGCGCUGCCCGGGUCUGCGCUGGCGGGGCCC